AUGGACGUCUUUCAAACCCUGCCUGCGGAGAUUUGUCUCCUUAUCAUGGAGAACAUCUAUUCCCACACAACCAUUUGGAGACUCAUCAGCGCAUCUCCGGCCAUGCUAAGGUGUCAUCAGCAGCAUAAAGACACACUUUUGCGCACCUACAUAUCGAAGCUGACACAAGCAGGUGAUGACGACAAAGGGCUACUCGAAGACGCCAUGGGCAUCAUGGGGUUCAACAACGCGAGACGCAACAACCGUGCGAUAAAGGUUCAUUUCAACCGAUGGGCCGCAAACACGCUCCCCGAUCCCUUCAAAAAGCCAAAGAAAAAUCGCAUCGCAAAGCUUGAUCGCCUCUUCUCCCGGGUGGGACUAUUCAUUGAGGAUUACAUGUCCAAAGCCACGUCGCCUGCUCUUGCGCUAGAAUAUCUCAGCCUUCCAAAAAUCACAUACACCAAUACCAACAAGAGAGUCACCCUGGAUGACUUGACGCCGACGGAGAGAUAUCGACUGUUUCGAGCCUUCCUGAAAUUCGAGCUCUUAUGCAAGGUAUUCGAUCCACACGUGAAAAUGGCCAUUUGUGGGAAGACGACUUCUUCGUCGGAUGAAGAAGACGAAUCAACUUCUUCGUCGGAUGAAGAUGACAAGUCACAACGACCAGAGCACUACUGGAAUAUUGCUCAAGGUUCUUGGCAGGAGACUGAUCCUUGGCUCUACGAGUCCAUUCAUUGUGUCUGGGAUUAUAUCCAAACCUGCUACGGUGCCAUCUUCGCACACGUAGCCUGGGCUGACAAAUACCCUGCGUUUCUAACUACAGACCCAAGAAGGAAGAGCCUUCUUUAUCCAGACAAUAUGUACGUGAAAUCUCACGAGUACUUCAAGGAUAUGCGAAUGCCACGAGAGUGCACGUUCUUGACCAUUUGGACAGCCUGUCAAGGACUUGACCUUUUGUUCCAUUUGUUAACACACAUGGGUAAAGGUCCUGAAGGUACCCGGAACAUGCGGCGCUGGAUAUACUCCAUCUAUUGUCAUCAUAGUACAUACUACCGACAUAUCCGGGGACGCUUUCUCUUUAAAGAUCAUCCUGAGAAUUCGAUUUUGCGCCAUACGCACAUUCGUCUUCCAGCGAUGCUUAUCAAAGAGGAAGGAAGUCCAUAUUCUGACUGGGAUAUUUCAAGUCCAAUUUGGAGUGAUAGAGAGCAACAACCGGAUUAUGCAAGUAUCCCAUAUGAUCAGCUCAAGAUCUUUCGACAACGCGCGUGGAUACUCUGCGACGAUACCAGAUUAUAUCCGCCGGUAGACGUACAUUUCCCGGACACCGACACUCUGGCGGAACAACGUCAACAGGCCUGGGACCUUGGCCCUUCGGAAAAUAACGUGUCCAAACGACGGCGAUCGCCAGAAUGGCAAGACUACUGGGCCGGACGGACUUUGGAAUCACCAUCUAUUUAUGAUGAGGAAGUAGACGAGGUGGAGUUGUCGUGGCGCAAUCCGGUUCAUGCUCCAAGUUUCUAUGACAGUCCUCAUGGUCAAGGACUGAGUACAUUUUGGCGACAUGAAAAGAAACCGCGAUUCAGAUGA